AUGACAUCCUCCAUCGCUCCCCGCUCCUCCGCCCUUCUCAACUUCACCUCGCGGACCACCAUCACCGCUCCCUAUACUCACCUCCGAUCCUCCCCUCGAUCUUCCCUUUCCCCGUCAUUGUCUUCGCGAUGUCGCCUUCUAUCACACCGUCCCUUCUCCAGCACAACACAGCGGGAUGCCUCAAUGAGAAACGCCCAGAUAUUGCGGCCACAACCGCCAGCCUCCAUGAGCUCGAAAAACCAGGUAAAAGAAGCCCUGAGAUCAAUGAAGGAGGGGUCAAUUCCAGAUGAUAUGGGGCUUUUGCCGGGCACCUUUAUCCGACCUCUGUGGAGGAAUAUGCCGUCGAUAUUCAAAUACCCAAAGGAGCGGUUGUGGAUGGAGUGGGUAUCAGUGAGGGCCAAAUUUCAGGACUUUGCUGGCGUCCUAGCAUAUUGCAAAUAUCUCAAUAGGAAAAACAAACUUCCUCUCCGUCUCCGCGAGCGAAAACGCGCUGCUCUCGACCUCUACAAAACCAUGUACACAGCCUACGCAGCCGCCGACACCGCGACCCUUCAAACCAUCUGCUGCAACAGCCUCCGCGACCAAUUUCUCAAACGAAUCUCCAAACGACCCGCACAUGGCAAAAAGCUCGUCUGGACCCUGCACAAAUUCAUAAAAUUCCCCUUCUCAACGACCCUGACAGGGGCGCGCGUGAUAGCCGACCGUGCCGCGCAGGUGGGCCACGGCGUCGGUAUCCGUCAGGUCGUUGUGCGCAUCCAGAGCCACCAAUCACUCGUCCGCCCCUCUCCCGCAGCCGACACCCAGAACAGCAAUGGCAGCAAUGGCACACAAUCGCAAAGUGCAGCGGUCGCGGAAGCAAAGAGUCAGAAGUCCACGGAAUAUAUUGUGUUGCAGAAGAUGUUGGUUGCCGGGAAGGAGGGGGAUUGGAAGGUGUGGGGAUUUACGAAUGAGACGACGAUGGAGGAUAUGGAGACGAAUCCCGCAUUUGCGAAGGGGUUGUCGUUGAAGGACCGGUUGGAGCUUAUGUCCGGAGCGAAAUUUUGAGAAAGAGGUAUGGUUCGUUCUGGCAAUUGGCUGGAGGGAGACGGGGGGGAGAUGGCUCAUUUCUGAGAAGGGUUCCCCCCGGAAAUUGUCAUAUUUUGGUUUUGAACUUGCUCUAGCAUAAGCUGAUGCGGGUGUUUUAGUGAUUUCUAUUAAUUUUGCCAAAAUUUUUCAUAUGGGUUUCACGAGACGAGCAUGGUUGAGCCGAUCCCGCGAAUGCUUAUUCUUAUUCCCCUACAUAUUGUAUAUAUAGAUUUCCCCCCCUGUUUUUUACUUUUUCAACAAUGUAUAACUAAGUAAAACAUAUCCUUCCUG